AUGGGCAGCUCUUCGAACCCGGCUCACAAGGCAGGCGUCCCCCGCACUGUAGACCUCGUUUGGGGUAUUAACCGCGGUCACCCUACCAACCGCCGCAUCCUCGCCCCCCGGCCCGUCAGCAAGAAGGCGGUCGCCAGCGAGCGCGUGAAGGCGGUGCGCAGCGUGAUCCGUGAGGUGGCUGGCUUCGCUCCCUACGAGCGCCGUGCUAUGGAGCUGAUCCGUAACUCGAAGCGGGACGUCGCGUUGCAGGUCGGGCCCUUUGCAUCUCUACAGAGACUAACUAUUCAGGAUAAGCGUGCGCGCAAGUUUAUCAAGCGCCGCAUCGGUACCAUUGGCCGUGCAAAGCGGUAUAUGGAGAUCCUGACGGGUGUCAUUGCCGAGCAGCGCCGCGCCGGUCACUAA